GUAAUUCAUCCGUCUGUAUUGUAAAAAGAAAAGUUGACAUACCCGGGUUGUUUUGUUUAUUUGUCAAUCGUGUAUGGUAUCAUUUGUAAAUUGAUCGGUAAAUAAUACAAUUGUUCUGUUGAUUCAUUAUUUUCUUAACAAUCCAGAUUCUAGGCUAGUUUAAGAAGUGGUAUGUGCGUGUAUACUUACUUGUAUGAGAGUUAAAAAGCUUAGAUGUCUUAAAUGAAUUUGACCAUUUGACCUGUCUAAUUACCAAUGUAAUAAUGCCUUCAUUAAAUUGAUUCAAGCAUGGAGGUCCAUACACAAGAGUACUUGAGAUCUACAAGUAUUCUAGCUCAGAAAAUUGGACAAGAUUUGGAUGCAGCUCGUGAAGCUUAUCAAGAUUUCUGGAAGAAAUUAAAUGAAGAAGAGAAACAACAAGUUCUAAAUGAAGCUAUUAUUGAUCCUGCAGCUGUUCUCAAAUACGCCAAUAUUACAAAAAAUGAACUUGGAAACUGUUACAAUUCAAGCAAUGAGAGCCAAUUUUCAUGGUUCACCAGGAGUCAGCUGAAUUUAUUCACAGACGUUGCCCUGAAAGGACCAAGAACACCAGCCAAGAAGACUGAAACGGUGACAGUAGUGAACAACACCCCACCUCAGGAACCUGUGGUCAUAGAAAAUAAAACCAAAGAAAAUAAUUUGCUUAAUAAAAUAAAAAAUAAAGUAACAAACUUAAAAAUUCCUUCUACGGUUGAAGAGAAACAGAGCCUAGUUGAGAGCAAGUCGCAAGUGACUGUGAUGAAGUCGGUUCUGUCAAAACCAAAAACUCCUCCACCUCCACCUCCCACCAAACAGACAUUGAGUGAAAAGAAAGCUCUGCUCUGUAUUGACAAUGAAUCAGAUCCUGAUGACAUACCAAAAACUGGCUUUGACUUCUUGGAUAAUUGGUAGCCCUGUUAAGUUUGUUGUAAUAGUUGUUGAAAGUUAGCUAUUUUAGGAGUGUUUGGUUUCCAAAAAAUAAUAACUUAUAAAAGUGUCUGAUGCGACAUAACACUCACAAAUAGUGUUUAGCUUAGCUCUCGAGUUGCAUAGUGUCCUGUCUAGAACAGUCUGCAUGUGUCAACUCUGGCAGUGAAUGUGUUAUAAAAGUUACAACAUUUAUAUAAUUCUAGAUGUAUUUAACCCU